AUGGCUGCCCUCAUCGGCGACGUCUUUGCUGAUUCGCCCUCACGCUUUCAUGGCAUGAUCGGAGGCCAUUCCCACGAUAUCCACUACCAGAGCCGCUCCGUCAGCCGAACCCGCGACCGGGACGCUCAGACCCAUCACACGCCGCGCCCAACUGCGAGCCCAAGGAGGGCCUCUGCAUCUCACACAGGCGCGCAGAGCCAGACGCCGAGCUGGCGGCCGCGGGAUGAAUUAGUAUUGGACAAGAACGCAAAGCAAACGAACUCCAACCUCUCCUCCACCGGCGACCGGGCUGCCCGACCGCCGUCUCCACCCUCGUCUUCUUCCUCAUCCCAACCAUCAUCUGGUGGCGCACCACCACGCCAUGAAAUACCCCGAGAUGGCGCACAGGACUCCGCUCCUGUAGCUUUCCCUAAUCCGGAUUCAAGCACGUCCUCGGAGAGUACCGCCACAACGGUGAUACCACCGCCCUCAAGGGCCAUCCCGUCUCCUGCUUCCGAUAGUGGUCCGCGGUGGGAUCCUGUGGACAGCCAAACCGUUGGCGCCUCAUCUAUCCCUCCUCACCUCGACGAUCCACCCGAGUCGCCGAUACCGAUGCAAACUACGAUCCGUGUCCGCGACCUCGCGCACAUCCAAAGCCUGGCAAGGGCGGACCUGCUCAGCGGCACGGGGCUUGGAAUUGUCAACGAUCCGCCACUACAGCAAAUGAAGUAUGAAAUUAGCGGCAUGCCGAUCGGUGACAUUAUCGAGAUGGUGGCGGCGCUACUGACCAAAAUCACAACGACCAACGACCUCCAGCACGACGCCCUCAACCGCAACGCACACCACCUCCGGCAGGCGCAAGCGCAGGCGAGGGGCGAGGAGGGAGGCGCCGACAGCAGCAUCAGCCCGCUCAGCAGCAGCGUGCUCGCCUUCCACGGCAAGAACGUGCCCGCCAUCACCAUUCUCAGCUACCUCAGCCGCAUCCACAAGUACUGCCCGACUACGUACGAGGUGUUUCUGAGCCUGCUGGUGUACUUUGACCGCAUGACGGAGCGCGUCAACGACAUGGUCAUGAAGAGCGAGGAGGCGCGGCGGGCGCAGCAGCAGCAACAGCAGCUACGACGACAAGCGCCGUCUGCAGGGGUAGAAAGUGUCGCUGACAAAGACGCGGUCAUGCGCGACCAUGAUGACGAGGGUGGCGUGGAUGAGGAUAACUCCAGCGACGCGACUGAGACUGACUCCGAGCUGGCCGACUCGACCGACGGCGAUGAGAGGUCGGACGGCGGCGCUGCAGCGCAGGCGGGGAGGAAAGCUGCCGCCGUGCCUGUCAGCGCCCCUUCCGGGGGCUCUGCCGCUGCUGCGCCGCAGGCGACGUAUUUUGUGGUGGACAGCUUCAACAUCCACCGGCUCAUCAUUGCUGGCGUGACGUGUGCCAGCAAGUUUUUUUCGGAUGUGUUUUAUACCAAUUCGCGAUACGCAAAAGUCGGCGGCCUCCCCCUCCCCGAACUGAACCAUCUCGAGCUGCAGUUCCUCCUCCUCAACGACUUCCGCCUGGCCGUGCCCGUCGAGGACCUAGAAGCCUACGCCACCAUGCUGGUCGAGUUCUAUGCGCGCGAGGUGCUGGCGCAGCGGUCGCGCCUGGGUGUUGGGGAAUGA